AUGCAUACCACGGGUGGACUGAGGAGUGCGGAGGCUGAUAGUGCCGCGUGGGAAGCCGGGAGGGGUGCUAUAACCGGCGCUGCAAAAUGGGGCUUUGUGUUUGCCGGCCUAGGCGGAGUUGGUUAUGGUAUAUCGCCCAUAUACAGAGGGCUGACAAUUCAAUUCAAAGUGUUCAUUCAGAUGUCAGGCAUGAUUAUGGGCGCCUGCUUGGAGGCUGAUCGUCGGGUCCGGGACUUUGAGGCCCAGGUGCGGAUGCAGAAGCGUAUGGCGAGGGAGAGGGCGCUACGGCAGGAGUAUGACGACGAAUAUGAUGAACCGCCGAUGCAAAAGAAGCCGAAAUAA